AAAAUUUGUUCAUCUCCAUCCUUUUCUCGUUCCACUUUCUCUCUCUGUCUAUACAUGGUUUGAAUUGAAGAUUCGCUUCUUUCUCUACUUGAACUCACCGCCAAGUUGAGUGGGGGAUGGAGCGUUGAUGGUUCGAUACAGAGAAAGGGGGUGUCAGGUUGAAACCUAAUUUCUGAAAGGGGAAAUUGACGAAUAAUCAUGAGAGAAGGAUCAUGUGAGAUGCAACAUGAAGAUGAUAAAUCUCUUUCAGAGAAGAACAAGAAAAGGAUUGUGAAGACACAGGCUCAGGUUCAAGCAUUAGAGAAAUUUUACAAUGAGCAUAAAUAUCCUUCAGAAUCCAUGAAAAUACAAGUUGCGGAGUCCAUAGGUUUGACAGAGAAGCAAGUUUCUGGAUGGUUUUGCCAUAGGAGGUUAAAGGAUAAGAAAUUAAUCAAUGGAGUAAACCAUGCCACUGUAAGGCAAGAUCGGUCAAGUGGAGUCAUACAAGACGGUGGCAGCGGGCAUAGGCAAGAUUCAUGUGGUAGCACAAAACAGGGGGAUGACAAGAAUGUCGAUACUAGGGAGGUGGAAAGUGGAAGAGUGACUUCAAAAGACUUUUCUGCUGCAGACCUUCCGUAUGAGCAUGACAAUAAUUAUGCUGGAAACUACAAUCAUACAAUUGAUGAUUCUUCAGGAAGUAGCAGUUCAUUGCGGAAUGCACCUCCUAAUUACCAAAAUGGGGAUCCCUCUGACGUGUCUACUUCAAGGUACCUAAUGCCAAAACUUCCAUCUGAUACAAAGGGUAUAAAACCCAGGCCUGGCCCGUCAGGUUACUUAAAAGUGAAGGGUCGACUGGAAAAUCCUGCUAUACCUGCAGUCAAGAGACAUCUGCGAAAGCAAUAUCGGGAGGAUGGUCCUCCUCUUGGCGUUGAAUUUGAUCCACUUCCUCCGGGUGCAUUUGAAUCCUCAAUGCAGGAGCCGGUUGAAGAAAAUUAUCACACUGGAGAAGAUGUACGUGGUUCACCUGAUCUUUUGAAUGUUCGCCAGAAUUCCAAGUUUUUCAAGGGAUCUGAAUACCCAUCCAGCAUGGCUCCAUUUAACUCUGAUAUUGAUGGUACGAAUUUCAAAACAAGGAGUGGCUUUGAUAUUCUUGAUAGCUACAUUUACCGGAAGUCCAGGAUAAAGACCUCUUUAUCCAACAGUGGUUCCUAUUAUCCAAGGAGUAAUUCUUCAGUGGAAUUUACGGGAGGUAGUGGCAGAGAUAUACCAGGAGUUGGGAGUAGAGAUGAGUAUGGUUCGAGGCAUAGACCUGGUGUUGAAGUUGCAAAUAUGGAUACAGUGCCAAGAUAUUCAAAUCUGCAAGCUUUUGGUGGAAAAGUGAGAGAGAAACGAGCAGAGUCUUGGUCUCAAAAAUAUAAUAAUGUGAAUGGAGGGGUUCCCUUUGAAGAAUAUACAGAACAUGAGAAUUCCCCCUUGGCCACAAGAAGAAAUGGCUACUACAGCUUUGUGGACAAAGGGCUCCGAAGAGAAGUUAUCAAGGCUAAGAAAAGAUUAAGGGAAGAAUUUCCACAUCAACAACCCUUGACAGCAACAUUGAUGGUGGAUACAACACCACAUAACUAUCUAGUCAUAAGGACCGCAACAGAGAUGCCAUCAAGUUUUAGUGAAGACGACGGAAGUGGUGGAACAAGUUCUUCAGUGGAUUGAAAAAAGGCAAAACUAUGGGGCUUUUCACUGCUUGCGGAGAGCUGGAAAUAUGUACAGUUAAAAUAAUUUUAUAGCAUUAUAACAUAUUAGUUUUAGUCGAUUUUGUCCAAUAUUUCUCGAGCUUAUAUAUGGUUA